CAGAGAGAGAGAGAGAGGAAAUAGGUGGGGGUCGGAGCGUGACUGUCAAAUCUACAUAUUCUCUUUCUCUAUACUUUUCUGAUUUCAGGGCCUCUUCUGUACAGUACCCGGAGACUCGAGCAUAUCACCUGUCUUUUCUUUCCUUCAUCUUGAACUUCUCGCUUCUGCAAUUUGCUUUCAAUCGGAAAAAAUGUCCUGGAUUUCCGAGGAUUGAAUUUUGACUUGGAAAUGGAAGGGGACACAUUUUCAGGUCUAGGAAACGGUACCCAAGUCGAUGGCAAGGUCUUACAGACGUUUCAGAAGAGCUUUGGCCAAGUCCAAAACAUCUUAGAUCAGAACAGAUUGCUCAUCAACGAAAUCAACCAGAAUCACGAGUCGAAGAUUCCUGACAACUUGAGCCGAAAUGUGGGUUUGAUUAGGGAACUUAACAACAACAUCAGGAGGGUUGUUGAUCUAUACGCGGACCUUUCAAGUAACUUCUCUAAAUCCCUGGAAGCUUCAUCGGAGGGAGAUUCUGGUGGGACAUUGAAAUCAGAUGGUAAGCUUGGCCAGAAGAGAAUUAGGCCCGGAUAGAAACAUUUCCAUUAUUAACGUUUUUAGGAUUGCAUUAGAUUCUGUAACUCUUAUGUAUCUGUAUCAGGAUUCGGCUUCCUUGCAAAAUUUUAGUUAUUAGAAAUAAGUUCUAGAGAUCUUGUCAUUGUAAUUCUGUGUAACUGUGAUAGCCCAUUGAAAUUAAGCAUGUUUCGUGUUA